ACUCAGGGUUUGGUGUAUCGUAAACAUCAUAUAAAUGUCGUGUUCUCGUCCCAUUCAUUUAGUCAUCACCACAGAGAAACCAUAUCUGUUAUUUAGUCAUGACUUUCUGUGUGAUUUUUCUUCUUUUAUCGGUCAUCAUUCCAGUUGCUGAGUCGUUUGACUGUACAGGACGCCAUGACGGAUUGUAUGAAGUUGGAUGUCACGUGUUUACCAGGUGCACAUCGGGAACUGCGGCGACGGUAGAGUGUCAUCCACCGGAAGUAGUUAAUAUUGACACGGGUAGUUGUGACAGUGCCCUAAAUGUUAAAGAGCCGUGUGGUACAUACCGUGACUGUGAUGGUAAGGACGACGGGAAAUACCCGGAUAUUGAACGGAACUGCCAGUAUUACUUCACAUGUGCUUACGGAAGGUUCAUGGGCCAUAACCCGUGUCCUACAGGUCUUAUAUUCAACAAGGAUUUACAAGUUUGUGACUGGUUUCAGAACGUGCACAGCCCCUGUGGCAUUCGACCAAGUUCUCCCUAACCUGUGGUGCCGAGUCAAAUUCUACUUAACUGUGGAAUCAGGCUAAAUUCUCCUUAACCUGUGGUGCCAAGUCAAAUUUUACGUAUCUGGGACGUCAGGCUAAAUUCUCCUUAACCUGUGAUACCAAGUCAAAUUCUACGUAUCUGGGACGUCAGGCUAAAUUCUCCCUAACCUGUGAUACCAAGUCAAAUUUUACGUAUCUGGGACGUCAGGCUAAAUUCUCCUGAACCUGUGGUGCUAAUUCCAAAUCAGAAAAUUGUCGUAAUCAAAUAUCUCAUCUAUGUAAAUAUCCUUAUUGUAACCUUACUAGUGUCGAAUUCCUCUUUAUAAAAUUAUGCAAUCAACAUGAACGUUUUCUUCACACAUUAAAAUCUAAUUGUAUUAAACUAUUAUUGUUUUAAUUUGAAAUAAAAUGUUAUUU